AUGCAAUAUUCGGCAUUUAUCAACGACAAACUCGAGAAUAUGAAAAAGAUACUCCCUCUCAGUUACUACAAUUUGCCAUACUAUCUGAAAAUAUGUUUCUUGUACUUGGGCAUAUUCCCAGAGGAUUACAAGAUUGAGCGCAUGAGACUGAUCCGAUUGUGGAUCGCGGAAGGAUUUGUGGAAGUGAGAGGGGAAAUGACGAUGGAAGAAGUCGCUGAAAGCUACCUCAAUGAGCUUAUUAAUAGAAGCUUGGUCCAAGUGGCAAAGAUAGAUGAUGUUGGAAGGCGUAGAGAGUGUCGCCUCCAUGACCUUUUCCACUUCAAAGUCAAGAAAACAAAAUGUUGUCGCAAUAUGGCAAAACCUAUAUCCAAGUCAUUGAUGCCUAUAUUAUUCAAUGGUGGGGUUAGGUUGUUGAAGGUUUUGGACUUGAGAAGUGCUUCUUUAGAGACACUUCCAGAUGAAAUUGUCAAACUAUUUCAUCUUAGGUAUUUAAGCUUGAGGGGAACAAAUAUUAAAAUGCUUUCGAAAUCCAUCUCUAAGCUUGAAAACCUCGAAACUUUGGACCUCAAAGGCACCUACGUAACCGAGCUGCCUAUUCAGAUCCUAAAGCUCCAACAACUUCGUCAUCUCUUGGUGUAUCGUUGUGGUAAAGUUUAUCCCAUUUAUGAUUUAUAUGGUUUUAGAGCAAUACCGGGAAUAGAAGGUUUUUCUUCCCUCCAAAAACUUUGUUUUAUUGAAGUGAACCACGGCAAUGGUAGGAUUGUAGUGGGAGAGCUAGGGAGACUGACACGGCUAAAGAGAUUGGGGAUUACGAAGUUGAGAAGGGAAGAUGGGAUAGCUUUGUGCUCCUCUCUUGAAAAGUUGAGCAACCUUCUCGCAUUGUCUGUACGUUCUGUAGAAGAGGACGAGAUCAUUGACAUUCAACACUUGUCUUCUCCUCCCCGGUUUCUUCAACAGCUAUAUUUGAAGGGACGUUUGGAAAUGUUGCCGCUUUGGAUAAGUCUGACACACUAG